CCCACAAGCUGACUAACAAGCUACUUGCCGACUGAGCUCCUGUUGAAGAGGCGGCGAUUGAGAUUUAAUCCAGCAAAUGGUGUUUAACAGUCGUAGUAACAUGUGGUGGAAUCCUGUUCUGCUCAUCAACUGGGUUCUGGUGCUUGGCCAGUUCCUGAAUGUGGAUGCAGUUCCUAUCAGUAUUGACAAGACCAAAAUCAAAGAGCCAGACAUAAAAACUGAAGCAGCUCCGGCCAGUGUGGACACAGGCCUCCACUAUGACCGCUACCUCAGGGAAGUCAUUGAUUUUCUAGAAAAAGAUCAACAUUUCAGAGAAAAACUCCAUAAUACAGACAUGGAAGACAUCAAGCAAGGUAAACUAGCCAAAGAGCUGGACUUUGUCAGCCACCACGUCAGAACAAAUCUGGACGAGUUGAAGAGGCAGGAGGUAAACCGACUCCGAACACUGAUUAAGGCUCGGCAUGACAAGGAGGGUGGAAAUGAUAUUGCAGUGGACCACCAGGCUCUGUUGAAACAGUUUGAAUACUUGAACCACAUGAAUCCACAUACAUUUGAAGUGGAUGACCUGGAUCGCCUCAUCAAAUCGGCCACGAACGACCUGGAGAACUUCGACAAAGAGAGACACGAGGAGUUCAAGAGGUAUAAAAUGAUGAAGGACCACGACAGACGGGAGCACCUGAUGACACUGGACGAAGAGCAACGAAAGCAAGAGGAGGAGCACUAUGAGGAGCUGAGGAAAAAACACGCCGACCAUCCCAAAGUCAACCACCCAGGUAGUGAGAAUCAGCUAAAGGAAGUGUGGGAGGAAACUGAUGGCUUAGACCCUGAGGAUUUUGACCCCAAAACCUUCUUUAAUUUGCACGACACCAAUGGAGACGGUUUCUUUGAUGAACAAGAACUGGAGUCGCUGUUCACCAAGGAGCUGGAGAAAAUCUACGACCCCACCAACGAGGAGGACGACAUGGUGGAAAUGGAGGAGGAGCGGUUACGCAUGAGGGAACAUGUCAUGAAUGAGGUGGAUUCCAACAGAGACAGGCUGGUGUCUUUAGAUGAGUUCCUGACCGCCACAAAUAAGAAAGAAUUCUUGGAACCAGACAGUUGGGAGACGUUGGAGCAGAACCAGGCCUACACGGACGAGGAGAUGAGGGAAUUUGAGGAGCACCUCGCUCGGCAGGAGCAGGAUCUCCACGAGAAGGCUGCUGACCUCCAGAAACAGAGAGACGAGCUGGAAAGACAACAGGAGCAGCUCAACGCGCAGAAAAUGGAGUUACAGCAGGCUGUGGAUCACAUGGAACAGCUCAAGGCUCAAAAACUACAACCUCCUCCUGAGGUCCAUGUUGAAGGAAACGCCAUCCCAGAGAUCCACGAUCAAGAGGCCCUCCUCAUCCAAGAGCAGCAACAUGGAGCUCCAGUUCAUCAAGACACUUCUCAGGACCACAACCAGCUCAGACAGGAUUUGCCACCAGGCCACCAGGAAAGCCCACAAGGCGAAAACCACCUUCCAUAAAGCCUUCUCAGCCAGACAUUUGCAACCAAGGCUGACCUCUUUCCACCAUGAUGACGAUGAUGAUGACGACCACCGGUGGUGCUUUGGAACACGCUCAGGACAGAGACGCACGGACCAUGAACACCAUGCAGUGACGUCACGGAUUUACCAGUAAAACCACCAACCCAGGACAACCAUUUUAUAAAGCUAACGUUGAGGAGGGGUUGUACGUUGUCAGCUCUCUUGAAGACACCACACAGUUUGGACGUUUUCUUUUCUGUAGGGGGGCAUGCUAAUUAUCAGGUCGAUAUGAGGGAAUUAUGACGUCAUAACCGAUAAAUGCAAUAACAUUAAAAAUAGCUCAGAUAACCGAUCAUUUGAAAAAAAAAAAAUGCUCCAAUGAGGUGAGAUUGCCCGUACUGUGCCAGUGAGCACAUCAAGCGUUCCUUUUUUUUCUCCUACCUGUGACGUUAACUUCCCCUGUGCUCACUUGUAAACAAGCAUUCACUUGAAGAGAAAGAUAUUUGGCAUGCUAGUUGUACCAAAUGCUCCGCGAUGAGGGGGAAAAAAACUUUCAUCGAGCGUGCGCACACACACACACACACACACACACACACAAAAAUGUAUCAGCCACCUGAAACGCAAGCAAAGCUCCCACCCCGGGGGCUUAUUGUGCCGCGGCGUUUGAAAAGAGCAAAGGGUUUGCCAGAGACCUCCAUGGCAUCACAUCAGCUGCUCGGAGCAUGUGCCCGAAUACAGUGCACCUUGCUGGGCCACGCCAGGUGUCUCCUCCCACUCAAUACCGGUUCUCCUGAUAGUAGUGAUAUAGUAGUAGUAAUGGCAUGAUUGAUAUUUGAUUAGGACAAAUCAACAGGUACAGUUGGUCAAAUCCUAAUUUGUUCCAGUCCAUCUUACCCCCAGGUGUGCCAGGUGCACAGUUAAAUCUACAUAAAAAGUAGAUAUAAUAAAGUUAUUGGUUAUCUGUCUUAUUUUGGUCUUGAGAAGCAGAGAAGUUGGCAUUUUAGGGGAAAAAAAAAAAUAUGGUGCAUCUCUGUCACGUUAAUGACAACCUAACUUGCCAGCAAGUAUGCCAAGUGUACCAAACUCUUUUGCAGACUUAGAACGGCCACAUUCAUCUGUAAAUUGAGCUCAACUAACCAAUGAGCUACUAUUUGAAGUCAACGCACCAACUUGUCAACAAGCAAUCAGUCGUUUUUUUUCAACUUGUCUUUGAAAGCAGUGACGGACUUAAAUGUGAAAACAUGCUUGCAGCAUUGCAGCACACCCACUCAUUUCAUCUUGUAUAUACAGGUUUACAUUUUAUGCUCAUACACUCAUUUGUAUGUGACAUUUCUUUAUUUUAUCAAAAAUUCAAUUUUUUUAAAAACUUAAUAACAAAACAAGUGCUAAAAAGAUUUUAUUGAACUGCAAAUAAUUUGCAUUGAAUGUUUUUGAUCACAAUCAUAUUGAAAUGUUCCAGACUGGUAGCUUGGGCAAAAGUCUCGUCCAUGUGGCGUGGUAUCGGUCACCUAAACGAAUUGAUUGGUUAGCUGUCAUGUCUUCAGUUUCUGUUUUGCUGUGGUUUUCUGUCGACUGUGGUCGGCGAAGCAACUCGAAUUGGCCUUGCUUUACUUUCCUGCAAAACGGCUUCUGAUUGUUUUCCUGUGCCAAGGUUUUGUUUUGCGAAAUGACUGCAUCAUAGUUUGCACAAUAUGUACAAGUGGUUGUGAUGUUGCUUGCUGCUGGAUUGGAUUCCCGUUGUUGUUGCUUUAUGCCUCCGUUCAAGAUAAUAAAGAGAGUACAACCUUUCA